UAUGAAAUCGUACUCUGAACCCAAUGACAGGAAGGGGAACACCCCACCAGUUAAUAUGAACACCAGUUUGUCAUCUCUAAAAUCCUUACUAGACAAAUGCAGCAAACACGAGAAUCUCAUCACCCAAAUCCACGCUAUCGCCAUAACCUCAGGCCUCUUCCACACCCACCAAAUCAUCGCCUGCAAGCUCCUCAACACAUACGCCAAACAACUCAACAACCCAACUAAAGCCCACAAAACAUUCUAUCAAAUCCAUAACCCAGACAUAAUCUCAUGGACCUGUCUAAUGUCCCUACAUUUACACGCCCAACAACCCUUCAAAACACUCUCAUUGUUCUCCGACAUGAUCACGUCAACCGGGUUCAACCCAGAUGGCCAUUGCAUCCUGGCUGCACUUUCCGCUUGUGGCUCGGUUAAGAAUUUCUUGAUGGGGAAGAUGCUUCAUGGGAUGGUGGUAAGAUAUGAGUUGGAUGGUGAAAAGGUUAUUGUUUCGAAUGCAUUGAUCGAUUUGUAUAGUCGAGUUGGGCGGGUGGAUUUGGGUAGGAAGGUGUUUGAGAUGAUGGGUGUCAAGGAUGUUGCUUCUUGGACCAGUUUGGUUAAUGGGUAUGUGUUGUGUGGGGACCUUGUAGCUGCGGGUCAGGUGUUCGAUGAAAUGCCUGAGAGAAAUGUUGUUUCGUGGACUGCUAUGAUUGUGGGGUAUGUUCGUGGUAAGGAUGUUGUUCGUGGGUUGAAACUGUUUAGGGAGAUGAGGAUGGAAGGUGGUGGGGAAAAUCGGCCGACUUCUAUUACUGUUGUUGCUGUUCUUUCGGGUUGUGCUGAUGUUGGUGCUCUUGAUUUUGGUGGAGCGGUGCACGCGUAUGUUAAUAAGGUGGCGGAUCUUGUUACGGAUGUCUCAGUUAAUAAUGCGUUGAUAGAUAUGUACGCGAAAGGCGGAAGCCUUGAGUUUGCGAGAAAAGUUUUCAGCAAAAUGAGUAAAAAAGACGUUUUUUCUUGGACGAGUUUGAUUUCAGGCUUGGCGCUGCACGGUGAAGGGAGGGCGGCAGUAGAAGUCUUUAAUGAUAUGACGUGUACCAAGUUAUUUCCGAAUGAGAUUACAUUUCUGUCGGUUCUAUCAGCUUGCAGUCAUGGAGGACUAAUUAAAGAAGGGCGAUUUAUAUUCGACACGAUGGUUCAUACUUACGGUGUUAAACCGACAAUUAAACACUACGGGUGUAUGAUGGAUCUUUUUUGUCGGGCAGGGCAUAUAACCGAAGCAAUGGAGUUGAUCAAGAAAAUGCCUAUGAAACCGGAUGCGGUUAUUUGGAGGUCGGUUUUAAGUGCCUGUUUGAUAAAACAAGACCUGCAAUUAGCUGAAACAGCAGCAAAGAAAGUAGUCGAGUUAGAACCAAAUGACGAUGGUGUGUACAUGCUUCUUUGGAACCUGUAUCGGUUAACCAACAAGUGGGAAGAUGCAUUAACGACGAGGAAGCUGAUGAGAAAUCGGAAUAUUAAGAAACAACCCGGGUGUAGUUGGAUUGAGAUCAAUGGUCUUGUUCAUGAAUUUACUGCAGAUGGCACCAUGGAUCAACUUGCCAUUGAUAUGCAGACUUUAUUAGAAGUUUUAAAUGGUCAAUCAAGAUUGGUUCAUGAUGUGUUUAUACUUUGAUAUAUUAAAUUCAAUAUCAUGUAAGUUUAUGGAUUGGAAUAUUGUAAUUGAAAGUGUUUGGCGAUUUGAUUUCGGGUGCAAA